AACGUCGGUUCUGUCGUACAGAGAUCCCACACUGCUGCCACGCAUGUUAUACCGGCACAAUGUGCGACCGACGGUCGAGCUGCCGUGCCGGUGCGACUCGUAAAUAUCAACCUUGCCAAUUUUAACGGGAUAGAGAAAUGAUAUUUUAAAUGGAUAGAAUCGAAAAAGGAAACAAUGAAUUGGACACGAAUAUCGCUGCUUCUGUGCGUUUUUGGAUUCGUAAAAGAAUUCAGACCAUCCGAACCGUUUGUUGUCGAAUAUUUAACCGGACCCUGGAAGAACUUCACCGAGGAGCAGGUUUAUCAAGACCUCGUUCCACUGUACACGUAUUACUAUUCAGUUACGUUACUUCCCAUACUCUUGCUGACUGAUUUCCUCCGUUAUAAACCGAUCAUCAUAUUAUGCGGCCUGUCGGGAACUUGUUCUUACAUAGCAAUCGUACUUUCGAAAGGAGUGCAAGAUGUGCAAAUUAUUUCGUUCUUGCUUGGUGUUUUCAUGUCGUCAGAGGUAGCGUAUUUUUCGUACAUAUAUGCUAAAGUCAGUAAGCUACACUAUCAAGAGGUUACUAGUCAUACCAGAAUGGCCCUUUUGCUAGGAAGGUUUACAGCGGGUAUUACGUCGCAAUUGACUGUAUCUACAAAUCUGUUGGAUUACCACCAGCUCAAUUACGUCUCAUUACUAGCACUCGGGAUUGCGACGAUCUGGUCAUUUUUUCUGCCUCCUUUGGGGCAGUCUGUUUACCUCCAUCGUCCAAUCGGUUCUGUUUCUAACGAACCUGCUCCAUCUAAAAUUGACAUAGGAUCACCAAACCAGACGGAGCGAAGCUCGGAUCAAUUGUUUAACUUGCAGCAAGGCACGAGUCUCAAUAAUAUUGAAAAAGAACCAAGUCUGGCUAAAAAGAUCAAACAUGUCUAUUACCUACUCUGGAAAGAUUUUUUGUUGGCAUAUUCUAACAGCUAUGUACUGAAAUGGUCAUUGUGGUGGACAUUGUCUACCUGUGGAUUUAUGCAAGUAAUUAACUAUGUACAAGUACUCUGGCAGAGUUCGUUUGAAGAAGCAGCCAAAGUUUAUAAUGGGGCAGUUGAAGCUGCUCUCACGAUUAUGGGUGCAUUAGCAUCGUUUGGCGUUGGAAAGCUCAAAUUGAAUUGGCCGAUAAUCGGAGAAGGCACAUCGUCGAUAAUUGCAUUAAUACAGGGUAUUUUGCUAUUCAUAGCAGCACAAACGCACAACAUAUGGAUCUCAUAUACUGCCUACGUCAUAUUUAGUGUCGCAUAUCAGGCUAUGAUUACUGUUGCAAGCUCUGAAAUUGCUAAACACUUAUCUGAAGAUAGUUACGGAUUGAUAUUUGGAAUGAACACAUUAGUAGCAUUACUGGAGCAGAGCCUCUUGACAUUUCUUAUCAGUGGAAGUCAGGUUUUUGGUUUAGCAGUCAGGCCACAGUACGUCGUCUAUGGAUGUUAUUUCGUUGUCCUCAGUGUCAUAUUUAUGAUAAUGGCAGUACACACGCUAGUGAAGCAUCGCAGAAGUAAUAAACAAUUUAACCUGUGGGAAUCAAGACUUUCCACCCCAUAGCUGAUUGAAUAGAAUAACAUUAGGUUUUCAUUGGGCAUAAUGCAAGAUACCUUUGAUGGAUAAGUUUAUAUUUUUAAUUCGCUAAUUGCGACCAAUUUUGAGAAUUUACGCAAUUAUACCUAUUAUGCCUAUGUAAAAGAUAUAUUAUAUUCGUACUGUCACAGUCACUGAUAUUUUUUUCGUCGAAUCAAUAUCCAGCUGUACGGUAUGGUGUUAUUGCAAAUUGAGAAUUCUUCUUGCAUCAAGAAGGAGGUAGUCGAUAGUUGUUUAUUUUACUUUUUCUUGUUAUAUUAUUUUUAUAUGUAUAUGCACUAAAUUACCAACACCUCUAAGUACUAUUAUAAGAAGUAAUGGAAAUACGAACAAAAGCUUAAUUAUCGAUGUUUUAUUUCAAAUCGCAUCAAAAUAAUCCAAAAAUAUAGUAGAUUCAUUUUAUUUCGCUCUACGCACUCAGAAAAAAAUUUGGUUAUAAUGACCAAAUUUGGUCCUGGCAACGAAAUUUUAGUGUUAAUAUGCUUCAAGUUUUAUUCGAGUUUCACGAGAAAAUUCUUGACAAAAUACUUCUGGCAAAUACAUUUAAAAAAAAAAAAAAAGAAAGUUGUCUGUGAGUUUGAUGGAUUAUUAUGGACAAGAUUAUUUUCUACAAAGU